AGCAUUCCAGAAAUAGGGAUCAUCAUGUGCAAAGACCCAGAGGUGUGAAAUAGCGUGGUCCACUGGGGAAACUGUUAAUUGUUUGGUAUUCCUGGAGCUUGGGGUUCAAAUAGAGAUGCUGCAAGAGGUGAGGCUAUGAAGAUAAGAGCUGGAUGAUGGAGCCUUUGGAUGCAUUGCCAAGGGCCUUGGAUUUCAUCCCAGAGGCCAUGGGGUAUAAAUGAAGGGCUUAAGAAGGACAGCCAUAGUAGUCAAAUUUAGAAAGAUCACCUGAACUAUAUAGCAAGGAGAAUGUAUGAGAUGGAAGUAGACUGUGGCAGGGAGACCAGACAAGAGAUUAUCAUAAUAUUUUAAGUAAGAAAAUAUGGAGGGCCUAAACAAAAGCGGUGGUAGUGAGUUUGAGGACGAGGGGAAAAAUAUUAAAGGUGUUAAGAGAUCAUGUUGAUAUGACUUAGUGACUGAUUGGAUAUGUGGGGUGAGGGAGGUUCCUGGACAUGGUAACGAGAUGGAUAUUGAUGCCAUUAAUUGUGAAGGAGAAAGUAGAAGGAAGAAGAGGUUAGGAGAUGAGGUGGAAGAAUGACCUCAUGCCAUGAGGUGAGGUCAAGGAUACGGAUACCAUUUGGACAUGUUGAUUUUGUUUUGCAGCCAUGGCUGAAGGCCUUCAGGUCACAGUGCCUGAAAAGAAGAAGGUGGCCAUGCUCUUCCAGCCCACCGUGCUUCGCUGCCACUUCUCCACAUCCUCCCAUCAGCCUGCAGUCGUGCAGUGGAAGUUCAAGUCCUAUUGCCAGGAUCGAAUGGGAGAGUCCCUGGGCAUGUCCUCUCCCAGGGCCCAGUCUCUGAGCAAGAGAAACCUGGAAUGGGAUCCCUACUUGGAUUGUUUAGACAGCAGGAGAACUGUUCGAGUGGUAGCUUCAAAACAGGGCUCUACCGUCACCCUGGGAGACUUCUACAGGGGCAGAGAGAUCACUAUUGUUCAUGAUGCGGAUCUUCAAAUUGGAAAACUCCUGUGGGGAGACAGUGGGCUUUAUUACUGUAUUAUCACCACCCCUGAUGACCUGGAGGGCAAAAAUGAGGACUCAGUGGAACUGCUGGUGUUGGGCAGGACAGGGCUGCUUGCUGAUCUCUUACCCAGUUUUGCUGUGGAGAUUAUGCCAGAAUGGGUGUUUGUCGGCUUGGUGAUCCUGGGCGGCGUCCUCUUCUUCGUCCUGGUGGGGAUCUGCUGGUGCCAGUGCUGCCCUCACAGCUGCUGCUGCUAUGUCCGCUGCCCAUGUUGCCCGGACACCUGCUGCUGCCCUCAGGCCUUGUAUGAAGCAGGGAAAGCAGCAAAGGCCGGGUAUCCUCCCUCUGUCUCCGGUGUCCCUGGCCCUUACUCCAUCCCCUCUGUCCCUUUGGGAGGAGGCCCCUCAUCUGGCAUGCUGAUGGACAAGCUGCAUCCACCUCCCCUGGCACCAAGUGACUCCACUGGAGGAAGCCACAGUGUUCGCAAAGGCUACCGGAUCCAAGCAGACAAAGAGAGAGAUUCCAUGAAGGUCCUGUACUAUGUCGAGAAGGAGCUGGCUCAGUUUGAUCCAGCCAGAAGGCUGAGAGGCAGAUAUAACAACACCAUCUCGGAACUCAGCUCCCUGCAUGAGGACGACAGCAAUUUCCGCCAGUCUUACCAUCAGAUGCGAAGCAAGCAGCUCCCUGUAUCUGGGGACUUGGAGAGCAAUCCUGACUACUGGUCAGGUGUCAUGGGAGGCAGCAGUGGGCCAAGCCGGGGGCCCUCAGCCAUGGAGGAGCGGGAGAGCUUCAGGCACAGCCAGCAGCGCUCCAAAUCCGAGAUGCUGUCCCGGAAGAACUUCGCCACGGGGGUGCCGGCCGUGUCCAUGGACGAGCUGGCGGCCUUCGCCGACUCCUACGGCCAGCGGCCCCGCAGGCCCGACGGCAACAGCCACGAGGCCCGGGGCGGGAGCCGCCUGGACCGCGCCGAGGCCCGGGCUCGCGGCGCCUUCUACCAGGACGGCUCCCUGGAGGAGUACUACGGGCCGAGGAGCCGCAGCCGCGAGCCCCUGACGGACGCCGAGCGCGCCUGGGCCCCCAGCCCCCCGCGCCGGCGGCCGGCCGACGACGCGCACCUGCCGCGCCUGGUGAGCCGCACGCCCAGCGUGGCGCCCAAGUACGACCACUCGUACCUGAGCAGCGUGCUGGAGCGCCCCAGCCGCGGGGGCAGCCUGGAGACGCCGUCCAAGCGGAGCACGCAGCUCAGCCAGCGCAGCGCCUCCUACUACGCCUGGUCGCCGCCGGCCACCUACGAGGCGGUGGGGGCGCCGCAGGCCGACGACGAAGACGACGCGCCCGAGGACCCGCUGCCUCCCUACAGCGAGCGCGAGCUGAGCCGGGGCCCGUCCUACCGCAGCCGCGACCUCCCCUACCACAGCAACUCGGAGAAGAGGAGGAAAAAGGAGCCCGCCAAGAAAACUAGUGACUUCCCAACCAGGAUGUCCCUUGUGGUCUGA